AUGCGAGACCAGAUAAUCCGCAGGAGAAGAAAGAUUGCAGCUGGCGGAGAAGAAGAAAGAAGAAAGAAGAAGAAGAAGAAAAGGUCUGUACUCCCAUAUGCAUGUCGUGCAGCACACAGAGCCUGCAACCGCCGCGGGUGGAAGGGCUCCAGCAGCCAGCUGGCCCUGGGGGUAUCGACCGCUCUCUUCUCAGCUGCUCUCAUGCUCUUUCAUCCCCUAGCCCUUCGGCGACUGAGAAGCGAGGAGUAUAUCGUUGUACUCCGUGCUCGGCUUCGUAAUCGCCCGAAACGUCGAUAUAUAUAUAUAUUUCCUUCCAGCACUCAACAUGCAACCGCUCGCUGGUUACCAGGAGGAUGCCAGGGAGAAGCAGAAGACGGCCUUGACCAGGCUCGCUGGCCCCGUACACAGAGCAGUGCUAGCUCGCUGUCGCCUGUACCACUGGCCGGCGUCAGCUCCAUUGCUUGCCUGCAUGCAUGCAGUUCCUUAUUCCUGCGUGACGGCCAGGGGCGCUCGACAGGAACCACCAUCACCGCCGCUGCUAGCUAUCACCGGACAGCAGCAACAGCACCGGACACGGCUGCUGGACAUCCGUCGCUCUCCCUUUGCUUCUUCCUCCCUGCGCUCUCUCGCUUCGUCAAUCAGCGUCCAGGCAGCGAGCUAGCCAGACUAACUAUCGGACUUGGCUCUGGCGGCGGCGGCACCAACCUGGAGCAGGGCCUCCCCAGGAUACAGAGCCAGAGACAGACAGACCGAGAGAGAGAGAGAGAGAUAGGAACCGAAGAGGGGGCCGUAUGCAACAGUUGGCAAAGGUAG